AAAAAAAAAAAUAAGAAAAGAAAGAUUGAAAAAGAAAAGGAUGAUGAGGAUGUGAAAAUAAUCAAAGUGGAAAAAAAUAAGAGAUCGGCUUAUCAAAGAGUUACCGCAAAGGAAUUAAUGAAACAAGUGUUGGUAAAUCUCUCUGAUAAGCAUAAACAAGCAAUUCAAAAAAUUGGAUUUGGAGCUUUUUUGAACUUGGAUGCACCACAUUAUGUGGAUUCUUGGUUGACACAACAACUUCUUUCGAAUUUUGAUCCCAAGAGAUGUUGCUUGAUGCUACCGGGGAGAGAAGAAGAAAUACUCUUUGAUGAAAUUGAUGUUCACAUGACAUAUGGAUUGCCAAUGGGAGAUAUAGAAAUUCUUGAUACAAUAGAAAACAAGAAUGAAUGUGCAAAUUUUAUGCAAAAAUGGAGAAAAAACUUUAACCUUAAAGUGGUAUCCUAUUUUGAUCGGGUACAAAGGAAGGGGUUAGAGAUACCACGUCAAGUUCCAUUAAUAUCAUUGUGGAACCAAGAAAGGUUCCAUACAAGAUUGAAGUUUGAGAAAGACCUUGGAUUUGGAAAAGGAAAAGUACUAGAAAGAAUGAAAUUGAAUGUGGGAUUGGAAAAAAGGCAAGAGAAUGACAAAGGAAAGAAGAAAGAGCAACCCUUGACAAUUAGAGAAAAACAAGGGGAGAAGAAAGUAAUAAAAAAAGCAAGGGAAAGACAAAGGAAAAGAGAAAGUUGUGGAAAACCAAUCAAUGACAUGUGAUUCUAUCACAUCUCCAAAUGAUAUGAUGGUAUAAUGUUUUAAUAUUUUUUUAUUAAUUUAUUUACUUAUUUCUAUAAUAUUUUAAAUAUUCAUUAUUUUAUGUUCUAAAUUCUUAGGGUUUUUUUAGCAAAUUUGAAGAUUUGGCAAA